UAACAUCAUAUAUCCCUCAAACAGUGUACAAUUUGUUGUGGUGGCGUGGUUUGUGUAUGUGUUGGGCAAUGUUUGUGGCGUGUGUUUGUAAAACAGUGGUAUAGAUUGUACGCCCGGAUGUGAAGGUCAUAUUAGUAAUAUUUUAGUUUAAUUAUUACAUUUCAUAUACAGACAAUUGUCGUCACAUGAAAUUUAUUUCUGUUUCUGUCGCAACGCGUGGAAUGCCAAUAUGCCCAUGAUUAAGUUUGAUCGUGUUGUAAGCUGUAGCAGCGAAGAUCCCAAUCACCCUGCCAAAAAUCUGUUAAGGACUGAAACCUACAAGAAAUGGAAAUGUAAGAACCCAGGAGAAGACCAGAUUUCAGUCGUGUUGCAGCUAGAGAAAUCAUCAUUGAUCAGCUCUGUAGAUAUUGGAAAUGAACACUCUGCAUUCGUAGAAGUCCUUGUUGCUCGGUCUUCGGGAGACGCGGAAGAUUUCAAAGUUCUCCUAGUAGCGUCUUCGUUUAUGACACCAAUGGAAGCACGAAAUGGGGAGCAUCCCAACAGGGUCCGAAUGUUCAGCCGCGACCAACUUAGCAAACCAGCAGUAGAUGAAAGAUGGGAUCGUGUAAAGGUCGUAUGCCGCCAGCCGUUCAAUCGACACGUGCAGUACGGUUUGACCUUCUUGAAGCUCCACACGUCACAAGAAGAAAAGAGCUCAGACGCAGUGGUCGAACAGCAUCAGACAAAACUAGGCAGGUUCGUCAUUCGCGAGGAAGACCCUACUGAUGAUGACAUAAGGGUGGGAAGCCUGUUUGCUGUGAAGCACGGGGCGACUGUCGGUGGAGGUCUACUCGGUGGGCCCCACAAGCCGCCCCCGACAGGAGCUGCAGCAAUUAUGGAUGCUUCAAAACCCUCUGCUUUAGCUUCAAUGGACCGGCCUGGAAGGAAGCACAGUCCCGUUGUCAAAACUGAUGGAGAAAGUUCUGCAAAGAAGAAGGAAAAUAAGCCAGCUGAGGUUUCGCCCAGGGUACAGAAGGCUGCUAAGGAGGCCUACAGAAACGGCGCAGUGGGCGGUGGCACUUCUGACGAGGCCGGGGAGGUGAAGCAGGUUGGCGCCCGCCAUGGUCCCACCCCGAAGAGAGUGAAAAUGAGCGACGGAGCAGAAAUUGCUACAGGCAUCAGUAAAGCGAAGGACCGUGAAGAGGCACCAACUGCAGCCGGCAGCAGGCGACCCACGGCAGCAGAGCAGGCAGGCCCCAGUGACAUCGGGAGGAAGGCGCGCGCCUCGGUCCCCUUCCACCGGCUGCUGAGCGGGGUCACGCUGGUCAUCAGUGGCUACCAGAACCCACUGAGGGCGAACUUGCGGGAGGCCGCGCUGCAGAUGGGAGCCAAGUACCGCCCCGACUGGGGCCCCGGCUGCACACAUCUCGUGUGUGCAUUCCCAAACACUCCAAAAUUCAACCAGGUUAAAGGACACGGAAAAAUUAUUCGUAAGGAGUGGGUAGAGGACUGUCACAGUCAGCGGAAAAGGCUGCCGUGGAGAAGAUAUGCCAUGGAUAAGAAGGACCAGAUGGGACCAGAAAGUGACACUGAAGAGGAAAAUGAUGGUGUGGAACUCAGCAAGGACCAACGCACGGCGCGUGUGACGUCCCCUUCGCAAUCUGAGGAGUCUACCGACGAAGGUGAUAAUGCAGAGAGAACAGACAAAGUGAGCACACCGCAGCCAAACAACAAGAGGCUGAGCCUUUUCGCACCCCUGGGUGGUGACGGAGCCAAACGAGCUAGAUCACCAGUGGCAGCAAAGCAAGGUGGGGGUGAGCAGCAAAAGAGGAUGCGGCCUCCCCCUUCCUCCUCCACAGCAGAGGACGACGUUUACAAUGCAGACACAGAUGUCGACGAUGAUGGUUCGGGUACGCCAUCGGACAGUGACCUCCCUCCACUUCCGCAGCUUCCGGACCUCUUCCGGGGAGCGACAUUCCGCUUGGGGCCGUCUCUGUUGGAAGGCACCGCAGAGAAGCUGAAGAGGUACAUCACGGCCUACGGCGGAGAUGUCACCUCAAGUAUUGAAAGUGCCAACUAUCUUGUAACUGACAGAAUAAAAGACUGUGAAAAAUUGAAAUUCGACCACAGCAGAUGUACGGCAGUGAGGCCAGCGUGGGUGUGGGAGUGCAAUGACACUCGCAAACUCGUGCCCACGGCUCCGUACGAGCUUGAGUAGCCGAAGUAAAGCGAAGCUUGUCAUCAGGCUGCAGGCAGUCACUACCUCGUCCAAAAGAUCUUACCUGUCAUUUUUAUUGACAAUUAUCUGAUUAAUUUAAAUGGAUGAAUGUUUUUAUUCAUAUGUGAUACUUUAAUAUUGCAGUGUACUUGAUUCCGGUGUUAUUAAAAGACUCUUAGAUUUGGU